AGUUGACAUAGUACUACGUGGGCUAGAUAGAUAGAUCCAUUGGGCUCGCUCGAAAUUGAUAAUUCCCCGCCGCAUAUUUCAAAAGCGUAAUGUAACGUGUAAUUCAAAGUUGAAAUUGAAAUAACACGGUGAGGCGCGUCACACAAUUUACCCUCCCGCGAACAACCAAUCUCUCUCUUCUUUUCAAUUUUGCAUCUCUGUUACUGUUACACUCUCAUUCUCCAAUUCCCAAACAUUACAGUGGUUUUCGCAUUUUAUUCCCAUUCUUAGGGUUUCCAUCUUUCAACUCUUCCAAGAUCCAAUCCAAUUCAUGGAAAGCGAAGACAAUUUCACCGAUAGGGUUUUCAAACCCCGCGCCGCUCUCGGUGACGUCACUAACCGUCCUUCCAAGAGAUCUUUAUCUUCGUUUUACAACGACAACGACGACGGAGUUGAUAAAUUAGCCAAAAAGAAUUGUCACAACAACAACAACAAAGAAGAAGACAAGGGGAAAAACAUCUCUGUCGAAUUACCCGAAUUACCCCUUUCCGCCAAUAAUUCAUCUCAAGAACCGAGUUUACCUAGCGGCGGAACUGGAACUGGAACCGAUGAUUCCAAUGAUAGUUUUACUGUGUUUUGUCAGAAAAGUCCAGGAAGAUCUCAGAAUCAAGGGUUUAUCGAUCGUGAAAUUGAACAUGAUGACAAUUUGGAAUCGUCCAAAUGUGCUGGUGAUGCGGUUGAACCGACGAUUGAGUCUGGUUCGAAGUUUCUAGGAUUGGAACGGUGUUCGGGACUCAAAGGCCAUGGUGAUGCAGAUGCGGAUGAACAUUUUGGUGGUGAUGUUGGUAUUGAGCUUCUGAAAAAUUGUACUUGCUCCUUUUGCACAAAAGCUGCUCAUAUAUGGUCGGAUCUCCAUUACCAGGAUGUCAAGGGUAGAUUAACUGCUCUAAAGAAGAGUCAGAAGGAAGCAAGAUUGGUGGUUCAAAAAUUUUCUGGAAUAAGUGAUACUCAUAAUAGCAUACAUCAACAACAAGGCGGUGUCGAUCCAUCUGAUUUAGAAUCAGCCCUUAUGCAUCAGUGGAAAUCUCUGUUUGUUCAUAUGGAAAACAUAUUGGGCCAUGAAAGCAGGCAACUUGAAUCAAGCUUUGAAAGACUAAAAGACUUGAGAGAGAAAUGCAAGAAUGAUCUUGACUCGACUCAUAACAGCAACUCUGGCAAUCAGUAGUAUUUAGAUGCGUUUUAUGAUUGUAAGAUUACUUUGCACACCAGUACAUUAGUUUCGAGUCUCAAUUCAUAUGAAUAUGUUGAUUUUUACUGUAUCAUUUGUGAAUUUGGUGUUUGUAGAAUACCUGGAAGUAUUUGUGUAGAUUUUUCAUAUCAGAUUGGUUCUAGUAUGAACAAAAUCAACCUUCUUUAAAGUAUAAUGUUUCUGGGCUUUGUUGCGUGUUCCUAGAGGGACUAAACAUUAAAGGAUGACAAUGUUGUUGUUUUCUUUUCAAUGGGUUGUUUAAUCCCAGAUUUGGUUUCAAUGACUUUUAAGCAACAGA